UUGUUAUUUGCUGAUCUUGGUCAUAGAUUUGGUAUUUCUGAAAGUCAUGCUUCAAACAUAUUUAAAUCUUGGUUACCUUUGCUUGCUGUUAAACUUAAAGAUUUAAUUAUUUGGUUGCCUCGUGAUACUAUAAGAGCAGCUUUACCAGAAUCAUUUCUUAAGAAUUAUCCUAAAACCACUGUGAUAAUAGAUUGUGCAGAAACAUUUAUGCAGCGUCCAAGAAAUCUGAAAACUAGAGGCGAGACAUAUAGCCAUUAUAAAUCACAUAACACUAUAAAAUACUUAGUUGGUAUUGCUCCUCAUGGACAGAUUAUGUUUAUAUCUAAAGGGUUUGGUGGAAGGGCGAGUGAUAAGUUUAUAGUUGAGAAUUCUGGCUUCCUUAAUCAUCUUCUUCCAGGUGAUGAAGUAAUGGCUGAUCGUGGUUUCACUAUCAAUGACCUGUUAUUUCCUCUAAGAGUUAAGUUAAACAUUCCUGCUUUUACAAGAGGAAAAGAUCAACUGUCUGAGGUAGAUGUCACUCAAACGAGACGUAUUGCAAAUGUACGUAUUCAUGUUGAAAGGGCAAUUAGGCGUUUGAAGGUAUUCAAAAUAUUAAGUGAUGUUAUUCCUGUAUCAUGUGCUAAAAAGGCUGAUGACAUUUUGAUUGUAUGUUCAGCUCUUGUGAAUUUAGGCAAUGCUUUGAUAAAAGAUGCUGUAGAUGGUGAGAAUGAUUCAGUCACAGCAGAAUAAAAUGUCUGAUAUAUAUGGUUUAUUUACAUGUUUGGUAUUAAGGACAGCAUAUCCCUUGUCAAACAGUAUAUUACAAGAAAGUAUAUAGAAUAUAUUGACUGUAAGCAGUCUGUUGAUAUAAUUUUGUGUGAAAUUUGGAAAUCAAGAACACAACUAAAACUUUCAAGUUUGAAACAGGAGUGUUUUUAAUUACAUGUAAUUGAUUCUUCUUCAAAGGCAAGCAUUAGCUUAUUCAAUACUUAAAAUGUUACUUGAUUGAGUCAACAUGAAGAGUGUUUAAAAAAAACAGUACCUAACUACCUUUUAAUCAUCAAAUGUCCUUAUGUAAUGACCUUCGAAUCCUGUUUCUGAAAUUGAUCACUGAUUCAAAUUCAAAACCUUACUAAUAUCACAAAAACAUAUACAGGCUGGAUAUAUAUAUACAUGUAAUUAAUUUAAUUACCAUUUCUUUUCAAAUAUAAUUAAUUGAAAUUCCUAAUUUAUUGUGAGUUUUAAUAUAUAUUGAUCAAUAUAAAGCAAACUGAAUACAAUAAGUUUGUAAUACAUCUCAUUGUCGGAUCAAUUGUGCAUAAUAACUACAAUAAAAAAAAUCAUUGUGGAAGAGUCAAAUUGCAUUUUUUUAUAUAGGUUAACAAUUAGGUAUUUAUACACAGUAUAUGCUCACACCAGUUUCAAGUGCUUGUCUGUCCUGGGAUAAAUUUAAGAAAAUUACCCUGUUCUUUGAAAAUCCCCCUAUGUGCUUCAAAAUUACCCUAUUUCAACAAGAAAACUGGUUUUCCUUCAAAAUAUUUCCCUAUAAUGUUUUCUUUAAAGUUCAACAGUAAAAAAUCAUAAUACUGCAUAUACAUGCGAUUUCUUAACAAUAACUUUAGACAAAAUUUCAACAAUUUUGAACACAUGUAUGUCGGACAAACAUUUAUCUUUUACCUUCAUGAUGCUAGAGCUUGAGCCUUGUAUCAAAAUUUUAAUUAUCGCUAAAUCUGAAAAAGGGUGGUAGAUUCCCCUAAAACCUAGAUUGAUCCCUGCUGCCUCACAAAAUAUUGGUACAAUAAAGUGAAAACAUUUCAAUAUACAGUUUGGACAGACAACAUUUAAUCUAAUUGGGACCUGAGAAUUAGUACAUGUAACAUGAAUUGUAUGCUAUAUAUAUCAUAUACCAGUCAGUGGCAUAUUUACAAUCUGUUUAAUCCAUAUGAUUUAUGAUUCAGUUUGGUAAUAUUUUGAUAAUUUCUUUUUAAAUUUAGCACCUUUAUAUUAUGACAAUACAUUCUCUCUGUAUUGCAAUAUAUCGUAAUAGACUUAAGGUGUACCAGUAUUGUUAUUGUUACACCCCUGAAAUUCAGUUUGUACUGGUAUUAUCAUUUAAGCUUAGUUCUAGCUGUGUAUCAUUGUGUAAUUUUAAAUCAUUGUACACCAAGCAUUUCUAUUGUAAUCACAUUUUUCAUAAAUUACUAAAUACAUAUAUUUUGAAUGUUUUUGUUUACUUCAAGUCAUAUUUGAAAGUAAAAGAGCGUGAUAUUAAUAAAACCAAUCUUGAAAGAAAUGCAAUUGUUUUGUUUGCUGUUCUUAAAUAUUUACUGACAAGAUUUUACAUAUUGAGCACACAGUCUCAGCCUACCAGAAUGAAAGUCAUCAACAAUCCUAGGCAAGAGUUUAGUGAAAUAAAAGUUCUUUAGUCUUGCAAUAGAUCUUUUACAGAAAUCAGGAUCAUAUGUCACAUUUACAGUUACAUAAUCUGAA